UGAAGGAUGCCCUUUAAUUCUUUACCGUCUCUGUUUCUUUUUUCCACCGAACAAGGGAGACUGCUUCACCAAAUCUUACUCACUACCCGUCUGCAAAUGUUGCUUCUUCGUCGCCUGUAAAAACCUAAUAUUCUAUGUUCGAUUGCUCUUUUCUUGAUGUAAGAUAACGUCUUCUUCAUUCUGUAUUUUCAACCAGGGAGAUUGAAGUUUGGGAAUGAAGGAAAAUAGUCAGAUUAUAUUUGGGUGAAUGAAUUUCAGACUGGAAAAGGCGAGGAACCUCUAAUUUCUGGAAAGAUGGAGGUACACAUUCAUUCUCGAACCUCUUAUUGUGUUUCCGCUAGUAAAAUUGAAAGUAGGAAGAGAAACAAAUCGAAAGAAGAAGAGAUGAACACUAGUAAAAAAAGGAAAGAUAGGAUAGAAGGUAUUAGUGAAGAACAUAACUUGUACAUCCUAGCCCUUCCGUCUCAAUCGUCCGAGAGCAGACAUGUAUCGAAAGUGAAUAAGAGGAUAGAAAGCUUUAGUAAGGAAGUCCCCAAACAUUUGGAAAAGGACAAACAUGAAAUUGUUAUUUCCCCUUAUUUUAAGGAAAAAGAACAAGUUUUUGGUGAUCAAUUGGAAGAUAUUUCCCCUUAUUUUAAGGAAAAAGAACAAGUUUUAGGUGAUCAAUUGGAAAAUUCUGGCGGUGCAGUUAAGUGUUCCUUUGAUGAUAUGCUCUCAAGAUUUAUGUAUACAAAUGGCAAACUGCACAACUCUCCUGCCAAGUCUUCUUUAAGUGAGAUAGAGCAUGUUCAAGGAGCAAGAAUUGUUUCACCUUAUUUUGCAAAGCAAUCAGAGAGUGUUACUCUGAGGAAAGGAGCUAGAAUUGUUUCACCUUAUUUCGAAAAACAAUCAAAGAAUGUUCCUCGGAGGAAAGGAGCUAGAAUUGUUUCACCUUAUUUCGAAAAACAAUCAAAGAGUGUUCUUCGGAGGAAAGGAGCUAGAAUUGUUUCACCUUAUUUCGCAAAGCAAUCAAAGAGUGUUCCUCAGAGGAUAGGAGCUAGAGUUGUUUCACCUUAUUUUGCAAAGAAAUUUCUUGUAUCUCCUUGCCCAUUUCACAAGGCACUUGCAGCCCAAAAGGCUAGAAAAAGACUUCAAAGAAAAGCAGCUGCUACCCUCACUGCUGCACAGAAACGGGAUGAAGCUUAUGAAAGAAAAACUCCAGAAAACACUUGGACUCCUCCUCGUUCGCCCUUUCAUCUCAUGCAAGAAGAUCAUGUUUUUGAUCCUUGGAGGGUAUUAGUUAUUUGUAUGCUUCUUAACCUAACUACCGGAGUACAGGCUAGAAGGGUAUUGCCAGACUUAUUUCAAAUUUGUCCAGAUGCCAAGACUGCAAUGACGGUUAAUGUGGACUAUGUUGCUGAUCUAAUACACAGCUUAGGUUUGCAAAAGAAGAGAGCAGUCAUGAUUCAGCGAUUAUCUGCACAAUAUGUGACUGAAAGUUGGACCCAUGUAACACAAUUGAUUGGUGUUGGCAAGUAUGCAGCUGAUGCUUAUGCAAUAUUUUGUACUGGAAAGUGGGAACGCGUCAAACCAGUCGAUCAUAUGCUGGUAAAAUACUGGGAAUUUCUCAGUAAGUUAUAUGCAAAUCCGGUUCCUCAAGCUGCUCCUACUGUUUAAAAGUUUAAACUACUUUCCCAUAGAAUUAUACUUACACCUAUAUUCCUUUUUUUGUUCCUACUAAUUAACCAAUGAAGAUAUAAUAUAUAUGCAUGUUUUUAUUGAUCCCAGAUUGAAUGAUUAUUUCAAUGACUGAGGUCACUGUCUAA